CGCGGGGGCGGGGCGCGGCUACCGCUUCCGCCGGGCUAUGGGGCUGCGUGUGCUGCCGCCGCGGCUCCUGCUGCUGUCGGCGCUGCUGCUGCCGCUGCGGCUGUGCGGUGCCGAGGACGCCGCGACCCCGUCGCUGCGCCGCACGCAGGCCACGUUCUUGCCGCAGCCCGCCGUGACGAACGGGAGCCAGCCGGGCGCUCCGCACAACAGUACACACCGUUGGCCGCUGGGAUCGCCGGACUCGCCGCUUCUGCGUUCCCUCUACGUGGUUACGGGCCUCAUCGUCCUGGCCGUGCUAUACUUCCUUAUCCGGGCAUUCAGAUUGAAAAAGCCGCAGUGGAGGAGGUACGGGCUCCUGGCCAACACCGAGGACCCCACCGAGAUGGCAUCGCUGGACAGCGACGAGGAGACGGUCUUUGAAACAAGGAACCUGAGAUGAUGUAUAGGUCGGGAAGGCAGCAUUUCCAGCGGCCCUGUGGGAAAGACAAGAGACAGGGCCCCUCCCAGUGCUUGGAAUGCCCUGCUGAUUUUCCUGCCACCAAAGAACUUGUGUGGGGCCUGCCAGAAGCCGCCCCAGCCCUGCCCCCGGACAAGACCGCCCAGGAUACCGGCUGGAAGCCAGAGGGUCCCCGGCAGCAGCACGCAGAACUCUGAGGUCCCCUGGCCACGUUGUGACUUGUGCCGAUCACCCUUCCUGGUGGGGAUGCGGCAGCCCCAAGCUGAGGCCUGGUAGGCGGGUGGGCUAGGGGGCCUGUCUGGGAGCACCGUAUCCCUGGGCUGAGGACAAUAAAGGCAACC